AUGAGCAAGGCGUCCUCGGCGGCAGACAUCUUUGGUGCAGACGAUUUCGACGUGGAUCGCUACCUGUCCAACAGACCGCGUUUUCCCCCGCACAUCUUCUCUUUCAUUAAGUCGUACCUGUCUACCUCGCAGGCAAAUGCUGCACCUUUUCCUGGCACCCUCUUGGACCUUGGCUGCGGUCCGGGCUUUUCAUCUUUUCCCUUGCUCGACCAUCCCAGCUUUGAUAAGCUCAUUGGGAUCGACACGGGCAAGGGAAUGGUACGUAUCGCUCCACAAGCAUACGAGGCAUGGCUCUCGAGCCUCCCCAGUGGCUCGCAGCAGAGGCAGAACCUCCAGGGCAAGCCAGUCUCCUUCUCCGUCGCCUCUUCCAGCGACCUUUCCGAGGUCGUGCAGGACAAUAGCGUCAACCUCGCCAUUGCCGCUACUGCUGCGCACUGGUUCGACCCUGGACCUACUUGGGCCGAGCUGAGUCGCGCACUCAAGCCAGGCGGCGCCGUGGUGUGGUUCACGUACGGGGAGAACUACCUCCCGCGUCACCCGACGCUGCAAGGGGACAUCUACCAUUUUAUGCAGGGCGACUCAAAGGCGGGCGACUCCAUCGGCCCUUAUUUCCCGCAGCCUGGCCGGUCCUACCUGACGAACCUGCUCCAGCAGGUGCCCUUCCCACACGAGGUCCGGCCUGCCCUGCCGAGCACAUUGAGAGAGCAGUGGGACGUCUCCUCGGCUACACGCAAGCUGCACCCGCUAGCAGGAGAGGGGUACGCCGAUCUCUCCUGGACCACCGCUCCUGACGCACACGCCCUCCCGGCGGAAGCAGAGCCCUUCCGCCUGGAGCAGGUCAUGUCUUGGGAGCGGUAUGAGUCGUACAUCCGCUCCGCCUCGGCGUACCAUGCUUAUAUGCGGGAGCACGCCGAGGAAAAGGAGGGGCCGGAGGAUGUGGUAGGUAGAUUUGUGCGCAGCUUGAGGGGUAAGGUAGACGAGGAGCGGAAGAGGAGCAUCGGCACAGAGGAGGCGCUGGACGAGGCACACGUAAGAGUAGCGUGGCCGUUGGGUUUGAUGGCAAUUAAGAAGAAGGCAAAGGCAACGUAA